AUGGACGACGACCUCGCCUUUGCGCUCGCACUACAGGCACAAGAGGAGGAGUACGCCACCACGAACGCUCACAUGAGCGCUCGAGAUGAGGCACGCGACGACGAGGACGACAGCGAGGACGACGACGAUUUCAGUGGGAAGAAGAAAACGUUCAAGCCUCGAGCGACGGCGAAGACGAAGAACAGCGACGACGUUGAGGAAGACGAAGAGGACGAGACAAUCGCGAUGAAGAGUCGUUCAAAGCGCGGGACUAGGGACGGUAAGGUGAUCAUGCAACGCUUGCUCGAGCACGGAUUGGUCAAGGCUGGCGAAAACGCGCUCACAACGAAGCUCUUCAACGAUCUGUACUUCGCCGAUUUGAUGACGGACGGAACGAUCGUAUGGAAAAAGAAGAAGCAAGAUACGACGGCCGACCCCCCUACGGCGGACGACGUCUCAGCAGAGGUGUCGACUGCGAAAGAUGACGCGGGCGCGGAAUUCGAGACUCUCACCUUCAACACUGUGACAGAGUUCCGGUUAGCCGUCUCGCGUCUGAGAAAUCCUGACAGGAAAAUGGACAACGGAUGGGAUUGGGUGAAAUACAACGAUGUGAAGAUUGGUGAUCUGAAGCGUCAGUUACCGCCCGAACCGGAGGCCGAGCCAAAGGCUCCACGUGCGCGCCGCGAGGCCAAGGCGCCGACGCCAAAAAAGCGCAAGAAAAAGGCAGGCAAAGAUGAGAAGGCGUACCAAGCGUCGAUCUCAAAGCAGGUGAUUCCCGCGCGCACGCAGCGUGCGAGUCGUAAUGCGUCUCGAGGGCUUGUAUUCAGUGAGGAAAGUGGAGGAGAUUUACAAAUGGUCACGUGCGAGAAGUACACCUCAAAGCAAUCACAACCUUUCAAGAUAACAAUGACAUCCGCGGCUGAAUUGGUCAUGGAUUUCCACGCCCAUCUGAGUAGCGAUGAAAUCGCGGGCCUACUGGGCGGAGUGUACGAUGCUGAGUCGAAGACGCUCAGGAUUACGCGUGCGAUCCCAGCUCGCCAGUUGCAACAAGAGAACGCGGGAGUCGAGGUCGAAAUUGAUCUGGUGUGUAUUCCGGAAAUCGCAGAGACGCUUGAAAAGCUCGGUGAGCGAGUCGUCGGUUGGUACCACUCGCAUCCGGUUUUCGCAACGCAACCAUCGAUGCGCGAUAUCGAAAAUCAAAACAUCUAUCAGGAAAUGUUCGCUCGUGAAGACGAGCCGUUCAUCGGCGCGAUUGUCGGCCCGUACGACGUACGAAACGCAUCGUCAACUAGCGACGUGCGCAUGUUUCACUGCGUCGACAUCGACGGCGAGCCCGAACCGUAUGAGCUCCACGCUGAGUCUGCGGGAUGUGUUGACGUCCCAGUGGGCGUGAUGACGGAGUUGAAGCAGUUGGCUGACAGAUUUAGAUUUGGCAGCGGCGACGCGGAACCGCUCGCGCCCGUCGAUUUGAACGUCACGCCCGUCUUGCUUACCGAGCACUGGAGAGACGGUGCGACGCGCUUAGAAAAGGUUCAGUACUCUCUCGCUGCGCGUUUACCUAAGUCGUGGAAGACGGAGCAGCGAGACGCUUACGCGGGCGGUGUCACUAAAUAUCUCAAGACGUCGUGGGGAAUCACAAACUGA